GAUUUAAAAGGAGUCGAGCGGGAGGAAGAAGAAACAAGUCGGCGCCAUUUUGUUUGUUUAAAUGUGAGCCCAUUCGGAGGGAGGAGUUGAAAAAGUAACAUUAGCGUGACAUAGUACGGAUACCUUAAAGCGAAGCCGAUAAAAGGAGUUCAACUUGUUUGGCGGUCCCCCUUGCUGGGCGUGAGAAGGAGCAGGGGCGAUGUUCUACGCCCACUUUGUCCUCAGCAAACGUGGGCCGCUGGCCAAAAUCUGGCUGGCGGCCCACUGGGAUAAGAAGCUGACCAAAGCUCAUGUGUUUGAGUGUAACCUGGAGAGCAGUGUGGAGAGCAUCAUCUCUCCCAAGGUGAAAAUGGCAUUGCGGACUUCUGGUCACCUGCUCCUUGGUGUCGUCAGAAUCUACCACAGGAAAGCAAAGUAUCUGCUGGCUGACUGUAAUGAGGCGUUCAUCAAAAUAAAGAUGGCCUUCCGUCCAGGUGUGGUGGAUCUGCCAGAGGAGAACCGGGAGGCUGCCUACAACGCCAUCACCUUGCCAGAGGAGUUCCAUGACUUUGACCAACCACUACCAGAUCUAGAUGACAUUGAUGUAGCGCAGCAGUUCACGCUAAACCAGAGUCGAGCUGAGGAGAUCACCAUGAGGGAGGAUGUGGCAAGCCUCAGCCUCCUGCAGGAGAAUGACUUUGCUGACUUCGGCAUGGACGACCGCGAGAUGAUGCGGGAGGAGAGCGGGUUUGAGGUGGACAUCAUCCACGGCUCCUCAGGCACCACCCUGCUGCUGGAGGCGGAGCCGGGCGCGGGCCAGAUGGCCGAGAAGUCCAGCCACCUGCAGUACGACGACGACUUCGGGGACAACCCCAUGGAGAGCAGCGAGGGGGGCAUGCUGGUGGACAAGCUCCUCAGCAACGAGGGUGGUGGGGGCAUUUUCGACGACCCCCCAGCCAUUACUGAUAGCGUGAUGAUGCCCCCGGAUCAUGGUGGCGACGACGAGGAUGACUUCGACAACUUGUCGCCGGGUGGGCCAGACAGCCCAGGCUCGGGUCCUGUGGAGCCCCUCCCCACUAUGACCGAUCAGACGGAGCAGACCACCCUGGUCCACAACGAGGAUGAGGCCUUUGCCCUGGAACCCAUUGAUAUUACUGUGAAAGAGACCAAGGCGAAGAGGAAGAGGAAGCUCAUUGUGGACAGCGUGAAGGAGCUGGACAGCAAGACCAUCCGCGCCCAGCUGAGCGACUACUCCGACAUCGUCACCACCCUGGACCUGGCCCCGCCCACCAAGAAGCUGAUGAUGUGGAAAGAGACGGGCGGUGUGGAGAAGCUCUUCUCCCUCCCCGCCCAGCCUCUCUGGAACAGCAGGCUGCUCAAGAUGUUCACACGCUGCCUGACCCCGCUGGUGCCGGACGACCUGAGGAAGAGGAGGAAGGGCGGCGAGGCCGAGAGCCUGGACGAGUUCCUGAAGGACCUGGAGAACCCCGAGGUGCCCAGGGAGGAGGCCAUGUCCCAGCAGAGGGACAUCAUCGACCAGACCAUCCUGGAGGAGCCCAGCAUGCUGCAGGCGUCCACCAUGGAGGGCAGCAGGACCGCCCUGGACGAGUCGGCCAUGCCCCCCCCGUCCUCGCAGCGUGGGGUGAAGCGCAAGGCCCAGCAGGACACUGAGCCGGCUCUGCCCAUGGGGGCGCUGGAGCCGCAGACUGAUCGCUCCGCCCUGUCCCAGCAGUUGGACAUGCCCCAGGUGGAGCUGCCCCCGGAAGAGACGGCCAGCCUCAGCCAGCUCAUGCCGGAGUUCGACCUGCUGAGCGAGAAGGGCAAGAACAAAGAAAAGGAUGAUGAGGAAGAAGAGGAGGAGGAAGAGGGCCAGGCUGGGGAUCAGGAUCAAGAAGAGAGGAGAUGGAACAAGAGAACCCAGCAGAUGCUUCAUGGUCUGCAGAGAGUCAUGGCGAAAACAGGAGCAGAGUCGGUCAGCCUAUUGGAGCUGUGCAGGAAUAACAACAAGAAGCAAGCGGCUGCCAAGUUCUACAGCUUCCUGGUACUGAAAAAGCAGCAGGCCGUGGACCUCACGCAGGCCGAGCCUUACAGCGACAUCAUCGCCACCCGUGGGCCAAGAUUCCACAUUAUAUAGACAAAACAAAACCAGGGGGCUGGGGGGAUGGGGGAGAUCUUGUGACUGGCAGGUUUUAUUCUUUCAAUUUUUUUUUAAUGGUUAUUUUUUGACCUUGUGUUUUUGUGUUUCAUGUGAUUUGGGGGAAGGCAAUGGGUAGGGUCAGGGAUUGAGACCUUUUUUAUUUUAUUUUUUUAUCUACAUCUUAUAUAUAUGUGAGAUGUUGCAUUUUUACUUCACAGCCAAGAGGAUUGUGUUAUAUUGGAUGUUAGCUUUUGAAACUGUCAAUCAUUGAGGUAUGUGUGUAUAGGUCUUUGAAUGCACUUGGGUCUUCUCUUCACUCCCUUCAUUGCAUUAAGGUCACUCCUGUGUUUACACUUAGUUGCAAUAUGUCACUUCCACAUGUUUUUAUUGAAGCCCAAUGAUGUGCACUCAUUAACUUAUCUGCUUUACACCUUCCCAUGUCUUAAAAGGAGCUUAUUGGGGGCAAAGAAAGCCCUGCAUGAUUUUUAAAACAUAUUUUGUAGAUAACUUGUAUUAUAUGCAUCACUGAAUUGCUUUUUCCCCAUAUAGUUUUAAAUGGAAUUAUGUAUUAUUAAUUGUUAAUUUUAAGGUCAUUUUCUUGUGACAUCCAACCUUUAUUUUAGACUUUCAUUUAAAAAAUUAAAAAAUAAUAAAAAAUAUGCAUAGUGACCAUUGCAGACAUAAUAAUGAAGACAUUUUUUGACAAAGAAACAUGCAUUCUUUUAGUCUUAAAUCAACUAAUUUGCUUGCAUUAAAUCACGUAUUUUUGUUUCUUGACAUUGUUAUUUGUACAUGUAUACUUGCAUUAUUAAUUGCAUAAAAAGAAGAUUAAAAAAAUGUUGUUUGGUAUUGAAA